AGAACAUGUUGCCAAGCUGCGUGUCAUUUAUGUUGAUUAGGUGAGUUUGGUGGUGUUGGUUGUUAGUCGUGCAGCUGUAUCUCCCGGAUAUGGGCGUUGAAAGCGCUCGUCGAUCUCAGGGGCCCAGUGCCUCUUAAUUUUUAAGAAUUCACCGCAAUUGAUGUUAAUUUUCAGCCGCAUAUUUCCCAAAAUGAUUAAGGAGGCUGAAUUAUCUGGAGCUAUAAAAUGACAAGGAUUUUGAAUAUUCAUUUCCUCUUGCAUUUGGAUCCGAAACGUGGAAAUGCAUUUUCAAAGUCUUUUCUUGGUCGCUAUGACCUGCUCUCUUUGCUGGGUGAAUGCGGAUGAUGGUUCAACUAGUCCACUCAUUCAACUUGACGAAUCCGGAAUGGAUAGCUCCUCUGAAUACGAGGAACCAAUGGGUCAUGAUUUAGAGGAUCGCUCAGUCAAUUCUUUCUAUCUGCAAUGUCUCAAAGCUCAUAACAAAUAUCGCCGGAGGCACGGUGUUCCGUCGUUGGUUCUCGAUCGGAACUUGAAUGCCAAAGCAAGAAGGUGGGCCAAAACGAUGGCAUCUCGAAAUAGUUUAUUCCAUAGUGGGAUCAAGGGUUACGGUGAAAACCUUUACGCCAGCUGGGGAACGCAAGUGACUGGCAGAAAUCUGGUGGAUUCCUUCUACAAAGAAAUUAAAUAUUACAACUAUAAUGCCCCGGGUUUCUCCAAGAAGACAGGCCACUUUACCCAAGUUGUGUGGAAAUCUUCAAAGGCAAUGGGCGUUGGUGUGGCAAAAGGAAGCGACGGUGGUACUUACGUCGUACUUGUCGCUGUUUUAUACUACCCGCAGGGUAACUAUCAAGGCCAAUUCCGUGCCAAUGUUCCACGACCACGGUACUAAAUCAGUACCGGUGAAAUGUAUAAGUGAAUGGAAUAUUUUGGGAUAGGGAUCGAGGGGUAUGCUGGUUGAAUGCUGUAAUUGAAUAGUUAUGGAUAUAAUAAAGUCAAGCCAUUGAAUUGGUCCGGUAAAA